CGCAGUCUGCAUACGACAGACUGAGAAUAAUCGUACUCUUCAGCCAAUGCGUAAAAGAAAGAACCAUCGUCGUGAAGGGGAAAGUUGACAGCUUUCGAAAGAUGGGUGAAGCUGUCUGAUGGAUGUUAGGCGACGCACAAUGGCGCCAACCUUCGAUGCUCGGGGCAAGCAAAUGGGCUGAUCUCGACGGAUGGAUUACGAGUCGUAGUUCGUACUGUCUGUAGCAGCUGACGGUGGUCAAAGUCUGUUAGUCGAGGUGAGCAACUCGAGGUGGUAGAGUAUCGGAGAGGGAGCGACUGCGGUGGCGGCACUGCGGAGCGAGAUCGGCCGUCGGGAGCCGCGAAUUGUGGGGCGUCUCACGAUCAAGCGGGUUCGAGAGAAUCGGCGAUUUUUUUGACUCGAUCGAAGCGAGACCGCACGUCAUGUGGUUGCGAUUAGGUCGUGACUCGUGAGGUGAGUGAGAUGCGAUGCAACUCACGUCGCACUCCUCACACUCCAACCAAUUUCGCAUACGAGUCAUGCGGCCAGAGUGAAGCAAGAAACUCCCCAAGUGGCGAGCGAGCGAGCGAGCCCGAAGCAGAUCGAUCGAUCGAUCGUCUCGCCUCUCGCCUCUCCUCUCCGCCCACUUCCGUGCCCGCCUCUGCUCUGCCCACGGCUCGGCAGGUGAGGGCGGUUAGCGUAGCGGUUCCCGCUUGCCGCGUCCGCCCUCUCUUUCUUCACGACAGCCCAAUUCCGGAUGAAUCAUCGCAGACUUUUCUAAAGAGAGAGAGUGCGUUUCAUAAGAUUCACUCCCUUCUCCGUCGGCCUUGCUGCUCGAGAAGCCAAGACUGUCGAUGGGCAAUUUCUCUCGUCGUCUCGCUCUCUCUCUCUCUCUCUCUCUCUCUCUCUCUCUCUAUCCGUCUGUCGUCCAGUACGCUCUACUCGCUUUUGAUUUAACGCUGCUUGUCCGGAGGCUGAAUAUUCAGCGUACGAAUUCUGGCUAUGGCUCUGGCUCUGGCUUGGGCUCGGGCUCUAGGAAGAGAGAACGAGGUACUAGUGUACACAUCCGAGCGAUGGCGAUCGCAGGCGCAAGAAAUGCCCGGCGGAUUCACGGGGUAAGCCUCAUCAUCAACCGAAAGAUUCGUGCGCUCUCGGCCGCUCCCUCGCAGCGAGUCGUUACAAUGGUCAAAUCAUUAUUCGCUCCCACCACAAGCAAGGCCCAGAGCCGACUCCAUCUCCGACUCCCGGCUUCCUGCCGAUUCCUCGACCGAGCGAGGCUUCUCGGCACUCCCUCCUCCUCACGCACUUUCGACCCCACUAACUGCAUCCCGCUGCUCGCCGGCGCCAUUUGCCUCGCAGGCCCUCCUCUCUCCCGGCUCCGCUAGGCUCGCCUGCGAGGGAUGCAGGGCGAUGGCGAUGGGUAGUUCCAGUGCUGGCUGGCUGGCUGGCUGGCCAGUAGGUGGAUGCGGCGAUCCACAAGCGAAUUUGUUCGAUUUGCCAGGCUGACAUGCUCUGACCGAUCGAUCGAUCGUUCGCUCGUUCGCGGCUGUCCGCCUUUCCUCGCUGCUUUUCCCGUGCGACCCUCGCUGCUCGCUUCCGUGCGCUCAAUCAGAGCGGCCCGUUGCUGCGAGCCUUUCCGAGGGACUCUCGGUGGAGUAGGAACGGUGGUUGACGGUACAGGUGCGUGCACUCUUCGCUUCUAAUCUCUCCCUUCCCACCCUCGAUCUUCCUUCCUUAUAAUAUUUCCAUUCCCUCGAUUCUUAAACCUUCUUCCUUGGUAUGACGUAACUUCGAAGCUCAGCAAGGUCCGCGCCUUUGCAUUCCUCCACUCGAAAGACAAGGACGGCCGGACAGAGAGACGGGGAGGAGGGACAGGCUAGAGAGUAUCAGGGGGAGGCUCUGAAGUGCGAACUUUGCUGUCGACGGUUGAGGAAAUGAUUACUGCAUGCCGGUCUUAGGACAUACUACGUUAGGCCCUAAGACCGCGACGUCGACCGCGACCGCAGUAGGCACCUGUCGCGAGCUGUGAUCCCAACCGCGUAGAAUGUGCCGGCACAAGAGAAGAAACGAGGCCCGGGCCGACCUUCGUCAUCGAUUGGAUCGGACAGCGGUGUGGAAUCCGAUCCAAAGCACGAAUCGGAUCGGUCGAAUCCGAACGCGCAUUCUGUCCACUGACUUCGAUACGAUUCCAUGCCGCAUCACAUGCCCUCGCAUCUCUCUCUCGAUCGAGUCUUCGGCCAAAAUCGAUCGCGUUGAAUUUCUCCGAAACCUGCGCCGUCAAAGUUGAAGAAAAGUUGCAUCGGUGUUACACCAGGGCUCAGGCUUCUGGCAUGAUUCAUUGUCCUGACGACUGGAAUGGCAGUACUUCAUUGAAUACAGAUCUGUAUGUUGUGCUUUCGAGUCCUACAGUUGACCAAGAAUCGAAAAUUAUCAAAAUCUGUAAGUCACUAUUUAGUGAUCUUUUGCACACGGAUUUCCUCCCAUAUUUGGAAGUUUAUCAAAUGGCACGGC